AUGGAACCAAAUGAAAUUGAGGAGCACUUAGAUGCAGCUGAAAUACUGGGGAGAGUAAAGGUCCGCACCCGUAUUUACAACCGCAAAGUGAAGGGCAUGGUAGCAUUAUGUACACACUCCAAGGAAACAGAUCUUGAUAAAGUGCCCAAAGAGGUGCAAGUAGAAGGUAUUCCUUGGACAAUUCUUGGGGCAGAGCAGUCCCGUCCUAGUGUGCCUGUGUCACUUGAGGUGGAUUCUUUAAUGCAGAAAUUGCAAGCUCUGAAAGCGGAUGAGAAGCGGACAAGAGAAGAAUUAAUUUUGGCAUUAGGAGGGGCUCCAACACCUAGAGCACCCAGCCUGGUGGGAUGGGCCAAAGAGCUGGGAAACACUCUCAAAGAUGCAUUGAGGCCGGUAUAUGAAAGUGCUCCAUACAAGCGGUUACGUUCAUUCUCGGGGGUGUCACCUGUACCCCCAGGGGAGGAGGAUUACGAGACCUGGAGGGAUUUUACGGUGCCACUUGUCCAAGAGUGGGAAUGCUCUGAUGCUGAGAAGCAGAAACAUGAGCUUGAGAGUCUGAGGGGACCUGCCAUGCAAAUUAUCCAAGCCCUGAAAGACUCACAACCAGCUGCCACAGUGCAAGACUAUUUAACUGCUCUUGAGAGUGUCUACGGUACUACUGAUAGCAAUGAAGGCCUGUAUUAUCAGUUCUGCCAUACCUAUCAGGAGCCCCACGAACGAUUGUCGGAUUUCAUCAGGAGACUAGAGGAUUUGCUACAGCAGAUGAUUGAACAAAAGAUGGAAGCUGUGUACCUCUGCAUGGGUAGCAUAGAUCAGAUAGAGCACAACAUUCCCUGCUACAUUACAGAGACCAUGAAUGAAAUCCUGGGGAAACAGAUCCUAAAGAAGACUUGGAUCACAGAGAAGAUUAUUGAAUUAUCUGAUUAA